AUGUAUCAGCUCAUACAAGUGGAUGAGAAUGACUAUCUUCAAAUAGAAGAGAAGUUUACGCACCCGACAAAUCCCAGGUUAAGCCAAAUCCAGGAGUACCAAGAACACCCAUAUGGAGGCACCUGGGGUAAUAGAUUCCGAAAGAGGACCGAGGGACCAAUAGGGGCCAUCCUAAUUCUGACCCCCAAGGGGGAAUAA